UCGCAACGGAAAGCUCCAACUUUCCGCCUUCAGGGGUUUCGAACUAGGAACAUUAUUUCUUGUCUUGAUGGAAUUGUACGGAGGGGCCGACAACUUCCUCCCGAACCCGAUGUCUUCUCGACUUCGAUAAUGUCGCCAUACGAGUCUGUCCGAAUUCUACAUUUCCAUCUGGGUCGACGGUGAAUUCACCACACGCUCAUUCUACGAAAAGCCGGGAUCAGUAUCCGGCGCGCAUCGCGUUCGACCGCUCGUCCAAUACCGCCUGUUCACCUUCCGCCGCGAAUCCCUGCGAUUGGAUGGUUGCAUUCAUAGCUGUCUCGAAAGGAUACAGUACGCUUUUAGUCAAAAUCCAAUUCAGUUCCAGAAUCCUUAGCAAUCCCUAGCUCUAUCUUUACGUGAGGGGUAACCACAGCUAUUUGCUUCCUUGCCAACGCCCUGUUGUUGCUAUUGCUAGGCGCUUUAUCGAACUCGAGCUCUCCUAUUCAGCCAACCAGCCGACAUAUCGAGAGACACCAAAGAGGCAAUUCCGACAAAGACAGAAGCCAACAGUAAACCACCACCAUGUCGAGCUCCCAAGGUGGAGGGGACUCGAAGCUGUUCGCUCGAGGGAAAGUCGCUGAGCUGCGACUCGAGUUGAACAGCGGCGGAAAGAAGGAUAAGAACUUCACCCAGAAGAAGAUCGCAUUGAAGAAGAUCGUCGCCAACAUGACCAUGAGCAACAACGAGAUGGUGUCCCUGUUUCCCGAUAUAAUAGGUUGCAUGCACAUCCAGAGCUUGGAAAUCAAGAAGAUGUGUUUCUUGUUCCUAGUCAACUAUGCGAGGAUGCGCCCUGAGAUUGCGAUUAAAGCAAUCCCAUUCCUACAACACGAUAUGGAGGAUACGAACCCGUUAGUCAGAGCCCUCGCUCUUCGAACGAUGUCCUACGUUCACGUCAAAGAAUUCGUCGAGGCUACGGUUCCCCUUGUCAAGCAUCUACUCCGAGACGCCGAUCCCUACGUACGAAAAACAGCCGCUUUCUGCGUCGCGAAACUGUACGAUCAUGAUAAGUACAUGGUCGAACAAUCCGACCUCAUCGAUAGGCUUAAUCAGCUCCUCAGAGACGAUAACCCUACCGUCGUAGCGAGCGCAUUGGCCGGUUUGAUGGAUAUAUGGGAACGUAGUGAUUCUAUUAAACUCACUAUCGACUAUAGCAAUGCCUCCAAGAUGGUAGCAAUCUUGCCGGACUGUUCUGAGUGGGGACAAACGUAUAUCCUCGAAGCCCUAAUGUCCUAUGUACCUCAAGAAUCAGGGGAAGCAACUCUACUAGCCGAACGUAUCGCGCCACGGUUAUCCCACUCGAACUCGGCUGUGGUGUUGACCUGCAUUCGAGUUAUCCUUUACCUGAUGAACUAUAUCGCGGAUGAGAAGCAAGUUUCAGCAUUAUGUCGAAAGCUAUCGCCGCCACUAGUGACGUUACUUGCGAAAGGACCGGAGGUACAAUAUCUCGCUCUUAGGAACGCGCUGCUUAUACUCCAAAGGAGACCCGAUGUUCUUCGCAACGAUAUUCGUGUGUUCUUUUGCAAAUAUAACGACCCGAUCUACGUCAAGGUUACGAAGCUAGAACUGAUAUUUAUGCUCGCCAACGAGAAGAACAUCGACGAAGUACUAACCGAACUUAGAGAGUAUGCGACGGAAGUCGACGUACAUUUUGUUCGAAAAGCAGUGCGCGCCAUCGGCAAGCUAGCCAUUAAGAUUGAGCCAGCGGCAAGGUCAUGCAUAAAUCUGCUCCUCGAACUAGUGGCGACCAAGGUUCCGUAUAUCGUUCAGGAGGCAACUGUGGUCAUUCGUAACAUAUUCCGGAAAUAUCCCAACCAGUACGAAUCGAUAAUCGGCACCUUGUGCGAACAUCUCGACUCACUUGAUGAACCGGAGGCUAAGGCGGCAAUGGUGUGGGUCAUCGGACAGUACGCGGCGCGAAUUGAGAACAGCGACGUUCUACUCGAAGACUUCCUAUAUUCGUUCGCGGAGGAGCCGGUGGAAGUACAACUCGCGCUCCUCACGGCCACAGUCAAAUUAUUUAUCCAGCGACCAACCAAGGGUCAGGACCUUGUCCCCAAAGUGCUCAAGUGGGCCACCGAAGAAACCGACAACCCAGACCUCCGGGACCGCGCGUACAUGUACUGGCGGCUCCUCAGCACGGACAUGAACGUAGCAAAGCAAAUGGUCAUGGGCGAAAAGCCCCCUAUCACGGCCGAAUCGGAGAAGCUCGAUCCCCAGACCCUCGAGGAGAUGUGUCUCAACGUCGGCACGCUGGCCACCAUCUACCUCAAACCCGUACAAACCGUGUUCCGCAGCGCGCGGCCCCGACGCCUGCCCGACUCCCCCGCGCUCCAGAAACACGCGCUCCCCACAUCGACGAACCUCCCGGCCUUCGACGCUCAAAAAAGCCUCAGCGCGUUCGGCAUGGGCGGGCAACCCGUCUCCGUGCCCAACGCCGCGAACAACCCGCAGAACGCCUUCGGUGGUAAUGACCAGGAGAACAGUAUGGCCAACGCGGUUAACGACGCGGACGCGUACUUCGCGGGCAUCGGCAGCCAGCAGAUGGCCGCCAUGGGCAUCCACGAAGCGGGCGACAGCUCGUUCGGCGGCGCCGGCACAGAGGCCUCGUAUGUUGUGAAUCAGUACGCGCCGCAGCAGGUCUUUCAGCCGGCUCAGGGGGUUGGGAGUAAUGGCGAUUUGCUGCUUUUGUAGAGGGGCUUUCGCUUAUAUUACAUAUUUAACAAGGAGUGCUCAUUUGGUUAUAAACUUCUAUGUGUAGCGGUAGAAGAGGCGAGAAGUACGGUAUAACACGACACAGUUUAAAUAUGCCCAGAGAAGAGAACGAAGAGGCGAGCUGUUGGAAGUGGAAAGAUUGCUCAGUGUACGUAACGUAAGUAAGCCGAUAAUUAUGGCAUUUGUCGGACUGCAUAGAAUACCUAGGAAAAGGGAAGGAAAGAAUAGGACAGAAUUAAUGAUAUUAUCCAUUGUACAUCGAUCAACACAUGAUGGGUACUUGAACUUCCAGACCUUUACUUUGGUACUAUUUUAAAGUCUGCACUUGGCAUCGAACCACAGAUAAUGACAUCCGAGACAUGUUUAUCAGGGCCACUUGGAUGGGCUAGAUGGAUCAACAUGUAAUCUCGUUGCAGUGCAUUGCAUAUGCACAUCAUAAAAAAGAUCUCGCAUAAUCUUACUGGAGAAUUAUUAAAAGGCCAUCUUGCAUCCUUCUAGCGAGUGAUAAGUGAC